AUGGACGGAAGGCCCACCUUGCUUGCUUUCUCGCUCUUGCUGAGCUUCAUGUCUGAGUCCACAGUACCUCUAGCGGACCUUGACUGGGGAACAGAGUGGAAGAACCUUCCAGCAGGCCCCGUUACAGCCACCGGCGGUCCUCGUCCCAACUGGGAGACGGAGGCUAUUCCACUUUUGGAGAAGAUACGGGAGAUCUAUGCGAAUCCUGUAGUGAAGGCCGAAGGCUUCAGCGUGACACAUCUCUUCGAGGCUGCCCAGGUACUGGCAAUAUUAGCCCAUAAUCCUGUUCCGGAAGAGCAAGCCGAGCAAGCGCAUGUCACUUUUGCUAUGUCGGUUAUAUCUUUGGCGAAAUGGAGAGUCCCUCCCUAUGACGACGGGAAUCAACUCAUCUCGGAGAUGGGAACAGUGCCAAUACGUGUCACAUACAAGGACAUACCUAAGUCCUCGCCUCCACGAGAUCGCCUUCUCGCCGUCAUGCGCUGCGUCAAGUCUCAGUACGACGAGUACAUCGCCAACCCGCACUUUCCUCACCUUCUGGCUGCUCAAAUGCGCACCUCGCCAAUACGUCAGCCGAGAUCGGUGGGACUAGCAAACUUCAUCACAAAUGUUGGUGCAAUUGAGAACAUACUUCCCAUGAAGUGGUACACGGACGACCCCUCGUCUUCACGUCCUGUCUUCGAUAUCCUGUCGACUUCGUUCGGUCAUAGGGCUUCCUUGAUCAUCUCAGAGUGA